CUGAAAAUAAAACAAUCGUACAGGCGUUGAAUAACUCGAAGAAAGAAGAAAUAAUGGCUCUGUGUGGUGGAAACAUAUGUAAGGUUUAAUGACUGCUCGCAGUACUUCGACCAGUAUGCACGUGAAUCCAGCAGCUCAGAACUACGAACGGGCUGUCAGUGGAGGAGACAAGAGAGGACUUCUUGAGGAAGGUGGAAGUGGUGAUGAGCAUGGUUCCUCUGAGGAGCGUGGCUUUUGUGAUUAUUUGCUGACAUUUUUCUCCUCCUUAAUAUUUAUCUGUACGCUGCCUUUAUCACUGUGUUUCUGUAUAAAGAUUGUACAGGAAUAUGAGAGAGCAGUUAUUUUCCGUCUUGGUCGACUUCUUCCUGGGGGAGCAAAAGGACCAGGAAUGUUCUUUAUUCUGCCAUGUAUUGACUCCUACCAAAAGGUAGACCUGAGAGUCGUGUCAUUUGAUGUGCCACCUCAAGAGGUUUUGACCAAAGACAGUGUUACUGUAGCAGUUGAUGCAGUGGUAUAUUUCAGAAUAUACAAUGCAACCAUGUCCAUCACCAAUGUGGAAAAUGCCAAUCGUUCCACACGUCUGCUAGCUCAGACCACCCUGAGAAACGUGCUGGGAACCAAGAACCUCAGUGAGAUAUUAGGUGAAAGAGAAAGUAUCAGUGAAACAAUGCAGACUUCUUUGGAUGAAGCCACUGAUCCAUGGGGUGUCAAGGUUGAGCGAGUGGAAGUGAAAGAUGUGCGUCUUCCUCAACAACUGCAGAGAGCCAUGGCAGCAGAGGCUGAAGCUUCUCGUGAAGCUCGUGCUAAGGUCAUUGCUGCAGAGGGUGAACAGAAUGCAUCUCGUGCACUGAAGGAAGCUGCUGACAUAAUUUCAGAGUCGCCUUCUGCUCUCCAACUCAGAUACCUGCAGACACUGACAACCAUCUCAGCAGAGAAGAAUUCCACUGUUAUUUUCCCUCUCCCUGUCAACUUUUUGGCUAGACUUCUUCCAAAUGAGAACAAAUGAGUAGAUGAAAGAAGGAAGUGUUCAUCCUUGACUGAAAUUAGUGUUCUGUGAUUAUGAAUGUUUGUUUCCAACACAAGAUGUAGAUAUAGAAAUAAAUGGAUGACACUGUGUAUAUAGCAGAAGAAUCAACUAAAAAUUUAUUUAUUGUUAGCCUUGCAACUUGUCUUACUAUUUAAGGAGAUAUAGAUUACGUAUGUUAAGGAGCAGUAGCCACAUUGUUUUUGAUAUUCCUUUCUAUUAGUAGAUAUUCUCUAGUGCCAUGCUUUGUUGUAAAUGCUAUAGACAUAUUCACUAUGCUAACAGUUAGCUUUGGACAGUCUUUUUCUAGGAAUAAUAGUAACAACAAUAAAUAAGUUUUUUGAGCAUGCGAUUAUUUCAACUUACCUAGGUUGCUAUGCAACUCAAGGCUUUUUCUUGUUUUAGGUUAAUUUUCCCCAUUACUUUUCCCCAUGGACUUAUUAUUCUAAGUUUUAGUCAUAGCAUCUGCAUUUAAAAUGGUGAUUUGUGGCUAAAUUAAAGACUGGAGUUGCAUGGGUUUCAAGAGAGAGAAAAAUGACAAGCUUUCAGGAGUAACUUGAAUUUUUUAUUGAGGUUUAUUUUGGUUUGUUAGACUAAUCUAUAGCUCCAUCAACUGAAAUUAAGAUUAAAUUUAAAGUACUCAUAUCAAAGGUCAAGUUGCUGAAUAAAGAGCACUCUUCUCACAGAUAAGA